AUGAUUGGAAUAUUUUCAAUCUUAAAAAUCACAAAUUCUAUAUCAUCACAAAAUUUCAAAAUUAAAGGUAUUACAGUUCCAUUAAAUUUAAUUUAUUCAUCAUCAAAUAAAAAUUUAAAUGAAAAUGAUGAAAAAAUUUUACAAUUACAAUUAAUUAAUUUACAAAAAUGGUUUAUUUAUUGGAUUAUUCAAGGUUUUUUACAAUUUUUUGAAAAUUUUUUAUUCAUAAUUACAAUUAUUCCAGGUUAUACAAUUAUAAAAUUAAUUUUUAAUAUAUGGUUAAUUUUACCAAUGAUUAGUACAAAUAUUAGAGUUAAUGAAAUAAAUGAAAAUAUAAAUUUUGAUCAAACUAAAGAAUGGCAAGAAUUUACAAAUACUGGUUCAGGAUUAUUAUUUUUUAAAUUUUUAAAACCUUGGAUUGAAAAAAAUAUUGAUCUUAUUAGAAAUUUUGUUUUAAAUCCUUUUGAUUUAAGAAAUUUUACAAAAUUAGGAUCAGUUUUAAAAUUACAAGAUUUAAUUGGAUUUAAUUUUGCAAAUGUUGGUGGAUCUAGUAAUGCUACUACUAGUUCAUCAAAUGAUUUUUCUAGUUAUUUAGAUAGUUCAUUUUUAAUGGUCAUGAAUAUGAAGAAUAGAUUCACAGGAAAUAAUGGAGAAUCAACAAAUGAAGUUAAUAAAGUUGUUAAUGACAAGAGUUUGAAUGAAGAAUUUGAUAUCAUUGAUAGUAAUGAAAAAAACGAAAUAAAAGGAGAUUCGUCAGUUACGGAGACUUCAACUACUGAAGUUCAUAAACGAAAAGGUUAUUUUUGGUAA